UAUAAUGCUACUUUUGCAGGUUUUUGUGAAUUGACAAGUCUCCAAUACUUGGAUAUUGGCUACAAUAAUUUAAGGGGUAACUUGCCCGAGUGCUUCUCCAAUCUCACAUCGCUUGAAAGUUUGCUUCUUUAUUCCAAUCAAUUUUCUGGAAGUAUAUCUGCCCUUAAGAGUUUAACAUCCCUCCGAACGUUGGAUCUUUCAGACAAUUACUUUGAAAUCCCAAGCUCAUUAGGACCCUUGUUCAACCUUUCAAAACUCCAGUCCAUCUUUGCGGACAACAAUACCAUAUAUGCUGAAACCGAGAUGCAUUCUUUGGCCCCAACAUUCCAACUGAAAGAGAUCAGCAUAUCUAGUUGUGUUGGAUCAUUUCCUCAAUUUCUCUAUCAUCAACAUGACUUGCGGCAUGUUUAUCUAUCUAACAUCAAUUUGAAAGUGGAAUUUCCAAAUUGGUUGUUGGAGAACAACACAAAUUUAUAUGCAUUAGAUCUCGCCAACAACUCUUUCCUGGGACCAUUUCAGUUACCUUCCCUUUCACAUACAGCUUUAUCAUACUUGGAUAUCUCCAAAAAUUCCUUCUAUGGCAACAUUCCAAAUGAAAUUGGAGCAAAACUACCAUCAUUAUGGUUUUUGAACAUGUCAAAAAAUAAUUUUGGCGGUAGCAUUCCAGUUUCAAUCGGAGAUAUGAAUUCUCUACGAACCUUGGACUUGUCUAACAACAAAUUGACAGGAGGAUUACCAGAGCACUUGGCAAUGGGCUGUUCCUUAUUAAGUGUUCUUAUAUUGUCAAACAACAGAUUGCAAGGCUCGAUGUUCUCUUCAAAUUUUAACUUGAUAAACUUGAGGGAGUUGCAACUGGAUAUGAAUCUCUUCUCUGGAAGGAUCCCAGAUUGUUUGUCUAAUUGUACCUUUUUGACAACAUUGGAUCUUAGCGAUAACCAACUCUUUGGUGAUAUACCAAGGUGGAUGGGGAAUAUGUCAAGUUUGGAAGAAAUUGUCAUGGCAAAUAAUCAUCUUGAAGGUCCAAUCCCCAAGGAGUUUUGCCAGCUCAAUCUUAAUCUUAAACUUCUGGAUCUUUCGGUGAACAGUAUCUCUGGGAGUCUGCCAUCUUGCUUCAGCCCUUUAUGGAUCAGUCAAGUUCAUUUAUCAAGAAACAAGCUACAAGGGCCACUCACAGAUGCAUUUCGUAACAGCACUAUCUUGGUGACAUUAGAUCUCAGUAAUAACCGCUUAACUGGAAGCAUUCCAAAUUGGAUUGGCAGGCUUUCUCAGUUGAGUUACCUUCUCCUAAAUAACAACCACUUUGAAGGUGAGAUUCCGGUUCAGUUAUGCAAGUUGGGUCAGUUAAGCUUGAUUGAUCUUUCUAAUAACAAACUUUCGGGUACAAUUCCUCCUUGCCUGAAGAUUACAACACUGAAUGAUGUAUCCCAAGAGUAUGUCCGUUAUGUUGCUGCUGUUGCACAAGCUCCCAGUUCUUUCUCUCCUGAUGAGCCAAUAGAGUUCACAACAAAAAACAUAUCCUACUCUUACAAGGGAAGAGUCCUCACUUUACUUUCUGGAAUUGAUCUCUCUUGCAACAAGUUGACUGGUGAGAUUCCCCAUGAAGUAAAAAACUUCCGAAAAAUCAUUGCUUUGAAUUUGUCUCACAACAGUUUAACAGGACCAAUACCACCAGCGGUUUCUGAACUCAAGCAAAUUGAGAGUCUUGAUCUUUCUCACAACAACUUGAGCGGGAAAAUCCCUUCUCAACUUGUGGGGUUGACUUACUUGUCUUCAUUCAGUGUGGCAUACAACAAUUUAUCCGGAAGUACACCUGAAAGGACCGCGCAAUUUGCAACCUUCGAAGAAGGCAGCUACCUGGGAAAUCGUUUUCUUUGUGGCCCACCGUUGCCAAACAAUUGCUCAACAGAUGGACCAUCUUCAUUAACGCCAACGGCUUCAACUGACAAUGGCUCAAUUGACAUGAAUGUCUUUUAUGUAAGUUUUGUUGUGUCCUACGUCAUGGUGCUACUGAGUAUUGCCAUUGUGCUGUAUAUUAAUCCUUAUUGGAGACGAGCAUGGUUCCAUCAUAUAGAAGCAGGCAUCACUUCUUGCUACUAUUUUGUGGAAGACAACAUUCUACCUAAACGAUUCCAUUGUGGAAAUAUGUAGCCAACCCAUGUUUGGUUGGUCACCAUUUCUCUUUGUCAACGACUCCUACUUGAUCUAGGGGUUUGUGGUAGACAAUUUUUCUUCUUUCCAAUUUGUUUUUUUUAUCCCCUACAA